UUCCAUAGUCUUCGACUCAGAUAGGACGUUAAACCAAUCAAUCAAUCAAUCAAUCAAUCAUGAAGGCUCAGAUUGCAGAUGAAGAAAAAGGAUGCAACACAGCGGGACACACGAAGACCCAAAACAGACAAAGAAUUGACGGGGGCCUUGGCUGAACUCAGGAUAGUACUCCUGGGUUCUCGAAUCUAUACCGUCAUGAUUUGUCUCGUCACAAUUCUUACUAUCGCGGCGCUGGCACAAUCCUUCGGUAAACGUGAUCUGAUCUUACACGUGACUGGCUUUGCCAUUCUUUUGCAAUUUUGCUCUUUCAAGGAGGAGCCUCAAGGUCGAAAUUAUCACCGCUACUGCUGGGUAUGUGCAUUUAGUAUAGACAAAGUUCUGAAAGGUUCUAAAAUCAGGUAACUCAUAUGAUGCAGAUUUUUUGCUGUCAUGAUAGUCUUUAUUUCACAGCCGGUUAUCAAGCAAACCCAGUGUCUUGCGACAUAUCCGUCUCAGACUCCAAACGAACGAUACAAAGCCCAUAAAUAUGUGCGUCACAAUGAACAUGAU